AUGGUUUUUGACAAUCUGUUUAUUGUUCUGCAAGUACUACUGUCUAGGGUCAAUCUUUUUUCUUCAAAGGAUCUAUCUAGUUCUGCAAACUCUAGCCUUCAGAUGUAUAGGAAAACCGCUGAGGCUGUGAUGUGUGGCCUCAUACCAAAAUCUCCAACAGCAACAUCUAGCGGAACCGAUGGUGGUCUUAUUUGGGUAAGUGAGUGGAAUGCACUUCAGCAUCCGGUCGCAGCUGCAUUUUUGGCUGUUAUCUACAGUGAUUACAUGCUUUCAUCUAGAACAGCAAGGAUAUCUUGCGAUGGACAUUCCUAUAAACCAUCAGAUCUACGAAAGGUUCCCCUCUCGCAGGCUGAUUAUGUGUUGGGAAACAAUCCAAUGAAAAUGAGCUUUCUUGUGGGUUAUGGGGACAAUUACCCACAAUAUGUGCACCAUAUUUCUGAUGUGUUCAGCUGCAGAUCAGCAGCAGCAGAUCAACUGCUGAACAUAUCAGAAACUGAUCAAUUCAGCUGCAGAUCAGCAGCAGCAGAUCAGCAGCUCAACAGAUUAGAAACUGAUCAGUUCAGCUACAGAUCAGCAGAAGCAGAUCAGCAGCUGAACUGA